UUUGUACAGCUGGUUUGUUGGUUGUGUUGUGAAUUUCUUCAGAUUUUCUUUGUUAUGAGAAAAACAAAAGCAAAGGCACCACUUCCUCCAUCUGAGACAAAAUAUGUGGAUGUCUCUUCAAUUGAUGAUUCUGUAGAAUCUGCUGCUUUCGUCAUGGAACAGAAAGAAAACAUACUAGAUAAAGACAUUGACCUUACAGUGGUUUUACCUGGGGAUAUCAUCAAAUCUACUACUGUUCGUGGAAGUAAGCCUAUGAUGGACUUGUUGAUAUUCCUGUGUGCGCAAUAUCACUUAAAUCCCUCGAGCUACACAAUUGACCUGCUGUCAGCUGAGAAGCAUAACAUUAAAUUUAAGCCAAACACACCAAUAGGAAUGUUGGACGUAGAGAAAGUAAUUUUGAAGCCAAAAAAUUUGGAUAAGAAAAAACCUACACCUAUAAUACCAGAGAAAACCGUGAGAGUAGUGAUCAAUUUUAAGAAAACACAGAAGACCAUAGUAAGAGUCAGUCCACACGCAUCGCUUCAAGAACUCGUGCCUAUUAUCUGUAGCAAGUGUGAGUUUGACCCAUUGCACACACUGCUGCUGAAAGAUUAUCAAUCUCAGGAACCCCUCGACUUGACAGUGUCUCUUAAUGAUCUGGGCCUGAGAGAAUUAUAUGCCAUGGAUAUCAGUGGAGAGUCUUCUCAGAUAUCACCAAACCUCGAUAUUAUGAAAGAGAAAGAAAAUAAGGGGUUUUUCAGCUUUUUUCAGCGCAGUAAGAAAAAGAGGGAGCAAACUUCAAGUGCUCCUGCAACCCCUCUAAUAAAUAAGCACCGCCCAACUUUUGUGAGAUCCAACACCCUCUCCAGGCAGUAUGUGUCCAACACCCUGCCGUCAGAUGUACCCAAGAAGAGGCGAGCCCCGCUACCCCCGAUGCUGGCAUCACAGAGUGUACCCCAGGACCUUGAGCAAGCCCAAGAGAAGCUGGGCUCUUCAGUGUCGAAGUCCACAGGUGUGGAGGAAGCUGAGAAGAGUCCCUGUGAAGUGAUCAGAAUGAGGACGGGCUCACUGCAGCUCACCAGCACAUCCGAAGGGAAUUCAACUUUGAAGAGGACAAAGCGAAAAGCACCUUCCCCACCCUCCAAAAUAUCCCUGCACCAAAGUGACGAAAAUGGCCACGUGACAGCCCUGCAGGCUGGAGAUGGCAUUUCCCCAGACAGUGCUUCAGAAGCAACCUCUCCCGAGGGGCUCCCCAGCCCAGAUUCUACUUCUUUGGCAGAAGGCUCCCUUGGCCCUGGGCUCUUCUAUCAGGAACACUGCACUUCGCCCAAACUGCCAGAUGAAACCUCACUCUCCGAGGGUCCUGGAACCCCUGAGGCUGCUGUAGCCUCCUGGACAUCCGGAGUAAGCUCGGAUUAUAGCCUUGAAGAGAUAGAUGAGAAGGAAGAACUGAGUGAGGUGCCUAAAAAUGAGGCUGAAGAUAUUUCUCCGAAGUUACCAGACAUUCCUUUUGUAUCUACUGAUAUAAUAAAUACACUGACGAAGGAUCCUGACUCAGACUUUGGCACUGACAGAGGAGAGGCCUCACAUAACUCCAAGGAAAAAAACCAAGAAGCUAAAAACACAGAUGGACCAGGGGCACACGAUGUUGUGUAUGAUACAAGCUAUGAAGAUAUGGUAGCUGACCGUGUCAGGAACUUGCACUCACUUGGCCCAAAUGAAAAGAAUGUUCAAAAUGAAACCAGUGUCCUUGAAACAAAAACAGAAGAUACAAUGAAAAAUAGUGUGAGAAAAACAGAAAUCUGUGUAGAAGAUGAAGCCGAAAGGAAGGACAUGAACAUGGGAGCUGACAAACCUUCAAAAUGUCAAGCACGCGAAUCUGAAUGUUUUGUGAGUUCCAAGGAAAAUCUUCAAGCGGUAGCAUCAGUGCCGGAUCAAAAACUGAAUCAACCCAGAGCAGAAAAGACAAAAAUGCAAGAUGCAGCAAUUCAGGCCACCCCUUCCUGUAACAGCUUUGGUGGGAAUCACCAAGGACAUCAUUUGCCUGAUGAAAGUGUACAAACUUCAAAUAACAAAUCAACUCAGCACUCAGCAUUAAGUCUACAAGAUUCUGUAGAUGCCUCAAGCAGAUUAAGGAGCCAGGGCUCCCUACUUUUACAUCCAGAAGAUAAACCUGCCAGGAAAGAUUCAGUUUAUGCCUAUGGUAAUGAUGAUCUUUCAUCUCCUGUAGAUAUGGAUAAAAAUUCAGCCAUUUCUUACCUAAAGAAUGCUCCGCUUUACAGACAGGACUACAAUCCCAAACCAAAACCUUCCAAUGAAAUUACAAGAGAGUAUAUACCCAAAAUCGGAAUGACAACUUAUAAAAUAGUGCCUCCCAAAUCUCUGGAAAUACAAAAAGACUGGGAAUCAGAAACCAUAGUGUUUAAAGAUAAUCUAAAGAUAAAUACUUUAGGGGAAAAGAACACUUCUGAGAAUGUGAAAGAAACUUCCAUACAAACAGAAAACACUGCUACUUCUGAAGGCCCAGUGAAGCCCGAGCAAGAUCUCAAACCCAAGCGCAACUUGAGAACACAGCAUCAGUUGCACAGGGCUAUGAGCUUUCCCGAUGGUGCUGUGACUCAUCCUUUGAAACCUCCCAGAAUAACUGGAGACGCUGGUGUGCCUCCAUUUGCACCAACUUUGGAAGACAUAAACAAUAUUUUGGAGUCAAAAAUAAAAUCUCGGGCUUCAAAUCCCCAGGCCAAACCAAAUUCUUUUUUCUUGCAGAUGCAGAAGAGAGCAACAGGGCACUAUGUCACAUCUGCAGCUGCCAAGAACACACACGCUGCACCUAAUUCUACGACGAAAGAGCUCCCAAAUAAAGACGUGGAAAGGGACACACUGCCUUCUCCAGAGCAGCCCCUUUCCCCCUUAAGUGAAACAACUCCCUGUACUCCACAGCCCCACAUUAAAAACGCUCAUGACACCAUCAUCACCCAGAAGCCUGCUCCUCCACCCAUAGCUCCCAAGCCUGUGCCUCUUCCCACUACUCAGCCAGCAGCAGUAAAUCUGAAGACUUUGAAAGCUUUUGGUGCCCCCCGACCAUUCUCCAGUUCUGCUCCUUCACCGUUUGCCCUCGCUGUAGUGAAAAGGUCACAGUCUUUCAGUAGGGUGCGCACGGAGUCCUCCAGUGAGGCUGGCUCUGCCCAGCCUCCAGCCAGCACAGAAGACGAGAAGACCUGCUCUAUAAAUAAGUUUUCUGACACCCCACACCUUGAUGUGACAGAGAAGCAAAAUAGCUCUGCACAUAAUGAACAGAAUUCUCAAAUGCCAACUCCAACUGACUGCCCAUCAUUCACCCUUAAGAAACAAAGUUCCUUAGCAUUCCAAAGCUCUGAUCCAGAGCAGAUCCGACAGAGUUUGCUGACUGCCAUCCGUUCUGGAGAGGCUGCUGCCAAACUAAAAAGAGUUACUGUUCCGUCAAAUACAAUAUCUGUGAAUGGAAGGUCAGGACUCAGCCAUUGCCUGUCCCCUGACGCCCAGGAAGGCUGUUAGAUGUUGCCCUGGCGAACUGCACUUUCUGCUUCCUCCUCCCGAACCGGCUUCACACCAAUGGAGAAUGUGGGCAAAUGUAUAUUCAGAUGUACACUAAUAUAUUAUCUAUUGAAGUAUGAGAUUUUAUGCUAUGGCUAGGAAUGACAAAAGAAGAAUUAUUAGAAUUUAUAAUUUAUAAUAAUUUGGGGUCUUUUUUGUCUUAAAUAUGCUGCUUUAGAACUUUAACAUAAGGUAUAAAUGACUUUCAUUUUUUUAAAAUGAGCAAUAAUUACCCUUUAUUGAUGACAUAUUCUCUAUAAUGGUGACUUAAAAGUAUAAAUGAAGAUUAAUAGACAUAUUUGUGUGACACAUAAACAGGCAAAAAGACCUGACAUUUGCUGCCUCAGUGUUAGUUUUCUUAGAAAUAUUUAUGUUGCAUUACAGGCUGUUUUGUGCUGAAAGAAUGAUCUAGAGAAUUAGUGAUAUAAAUUAAGUUUUAAAGUUCAGUUGAUGAAUCAUUUAGUAUAUCAGACUUAUCUUGUGCAUUCUUUUUAUAAUUACAAAUCAGUGUCAAAUUUAGAGGAAGCAUAUUUUAAUACUUUGUUAACAUGAA